AUGGUAUUGCCCCCGGAAAGACCUCUUCCGAGCAGUGCACGUGUGUUUGGAAGUGAAGCCAACUUUGAGGGGGAAAGGUGUCACUGCGAGGAUGAGUGGACUUACGGAGAUGGGGUUGCCCAAUGGCCGAAUCUUGAUUUGGACGUGCAGAACCAGUGCGGUGGAUCCUACCAAUCACCCAUUGACUUAGUGUGGAGUAGUACAACCUACGACGAGUACCUCGGCGUCGUCAAUUACUAUGGUUACCUCGAUCCAUUGCGAAACGUAUCCAUUGUCAACGAUGGGCACACGGCGAAAGUAUCUUCCAGCAAAGCCACUAAUGUUCGGAUCACCGGUGCGGGCCUGAACGGAUGGUACAAGUUUGAGCAACUACACUUCCACUGGGGAAGUAAUUCCAGCCUGGGCUCCGAACACCGCAUCGAUGGCUACACUUUUCCUAUAGAGAUGCACCUGGUACACAUGAACACGAAGUACAGCACGGGUGAAGAGGCCCUCAAGCAUCGUGACGGUCUCGCGGUGGUUGCGGUGUUCUUCCAGGUCAGCCCGCGCGACAACCCGGCGCUAAGCGCCAUCGUAGGAGCUCUGCGGCAGAUGAGCAGCGGAAGUACCACGCGAGUGAACCUGACCUCCAUCCCGCCGCUGCGACAACUGAUGCCCCAGGAUCCGCAGCUUUACUACCGCUACCAGGGCUCGCUCACGACACCGCCGUGCUCUGAGGUAGUCACCUGGACUGUGCUGGCGCAACCGAGCGGAAUCAGCGAAGCACAGCUGCAAGCCUUCCGCAACCUAGUAGUGGACCAUGGUAACGGAAGCAGCCCCGAGCACCUCGUCAACAACUUCCGUCCCGUCACUACCUUGAACGGCCGCCCCGUCUUCACGAACUUUUGACACGAUUUGCAAGCUGACAGGCAAGCCGAGCAAAAAGUUCGGCACUGCUACUAAACGUUGGAGAGGAUUGGGUGCAAACAGGGCUGGGCAAAGAUACUUUGAAAUUGUAUCGCGAUACGAUACAAGAUACUCAGG